AUGCGAGAUCAUACUGGACGCUGCCUUGCAGCGUACGCGAUUAACCUAGGGAGCUGCUCUAUCACCUGCGCUGAGUUGAGAGGCGCUGUAGAGGGGCUGCAGUUGGCUUGGGACACGGGUUUCAGAUGUAUCAGAGUGGAGCUUGAUUCUCUCUGUGCGGUUCAGCUCCUUAGAAGCUUGGACUCGCCAGAUCACCAACAGGCAGCCAUUAUCCAGAGAUUCAGAGAGCUGCUCACUCAUCAAUGGGAAGUUGUUGUUUCCCAUAUUUUUCGAGAAGGGAAUAAGUGUGCCAAUCAUCUUGCUAGUAGAGGGCAUUUGUUGCCUCUGGGUUAUCAUCCCAACUCAUAUUCUGACCCCAUUUUGUGUAAUUUCAUUAUGUACAAUUGUCAGGGGCUCUCCGAAACCCCGUUUGGUUUUGAAUGA